UGGUUAUUUGGGGUCCUUGAGGCGAAGUCCUCCCAGCUAGCUACUUGUGCAGCGCAGAGGGAGCUCACACUGUAAGCCCAGAGAGGACAAGUGCACAGCGGUAUAUUCCCGCUCGGCGCUGACACUCGGAUUGUCCAGAUCAUAUCGUUCUUAUUAUCUCUUUGCGGAUUUCUGAAAACGACCGCAGCAUCAUGAGCACGACGGCAGACGCCACGCCAGCAGAGAACGGCGAUGUCGGGACGGCAGAGCCCGUGGCGGGGAAAGAUGCUCCUCCCGCGGCGGAGAAGGAGGAGGCGGCGGAGCCUGCAGCAGACAAGCCGGCUGAAGCUGAGGCCCCCAAGGAAGCAGCUGCAGACGCCGAGGCACCUGCAGCACCUGUUGAGAACGGCGACGUUGAACAACAAAAUAUCGUAGCGGAAGAGAAGACGGCAGACUCGAAACCAGAGUCUGCUGCUGAGAACGGAGAUGCAGAGAAAGCUGUGGAGGAGAAAUCCGAAUCGGCUGAAACACCUGCCACCCAGGAAGAUACACAGACAAACGCACCUGACGAGGCCAAGACUGAGACAGCUGUAGAAGAGGCCAGUCCAGCUGAGACACCUGCUCCAGUAGAAACUGAGAAACAGGAGGAGAAGUCAGAGUUAGAACAAAAGGAGGCGGAACCUCCAGAGGCCGCGACAGAGGAAGAAAAAGCCCCUACAGAGCCUGUUGGUAAUGUAGGUCCAGAGGAAACUGCUGUAGUAGAGGAAGAGGUUGUUAAAGAGGUACAGGAAGUAUCUGCUGAACCACCUGUCGAGGCUGCUGCCCCAGAAGAAAAGCCAGCACCUGCUGACGCUGAGGCAGAAAAAAGUCCAGAGGCGGCUGCUCCACAGGAACAGGAAGCGUCUACUGAACUAGUUGUCGAGGCUCUAACAGCAGAGGCUGUUGAAGAGGUACAGGAAGUAUCAGCUGAACCUCCUGUCGAAGCUUCUGCCCCAGAGGAUGUUGCUGUAGAGGAAACGUCGGCACCUACUGAGGCCGAGGCAGACACAAGUACAGAGGGUGCAAGUACAGAGGCGGUGACUGUAGAGGUACAACAAGCUGAGCCAGCUGUCGAGGUCGCAGCAGAAGUUGUUGAGGAGGUCCAACAGAUUUGUCCUGAACCAGUAGCCGAGGCUGAGCCUGCCGAAGAGGAAGAGCAAAAACCUGAAGUCCCCACAGAGGAACUGAACGUGCCUGCUGAACCAGCUGUCGAAGCUGAAACGACGGAGGCUGCUGAAGAGGUACAGCAAGUCUCGGCUGAAGCAGCCGUGGUGACGAGUGCUGUAGAGGGAGUCGUUGAAGUAGAAAAGGUUGCAGAGCCCGAAGCGGAUGCAAGUACAGAGGACGUUGCUGUAGAGGAAAAGUUGACACCAACUGGCCGAUGCAGAAAAAGUACAGAGGAUGCAGGUGCAGAGGCGGUCCCUGCAGAGGAACAGCAAGCCGAGUCAGCUGUCGAGGCCCCAGCAGAAGUUGUUGAAGAGGUCCAACAGAUUUGUGCUGACCCAGGAGUCGAGACAAGUGUUGCAGAGAUCGUCGAACAGGAAGCCCCGGAGCCUGAGAAAGCCGAGGCUGAGUCUGCCGAAGAGGAAGAGCAAACACCUGCUGAAGCCGAAGCUGAGGAACAGCAAGCGUCUGCUGAAUCAGUUGCUGAGGCUGUUACAGCGGAGGCUGUUGCAGAAGAGGCUAGUGAAGAAGCACAGCAAGUGUCUGCUGAAGCACCAGAGGAGGUCAGUUCAGCCGAGCCUGUUGUAGAGGAAGAGCAAAAACCCGAGGGAGAGGAACAGCAAGCGCCUGCCGAAUCAACUCCAGAGCCCGAAGCAGCAGCAGCUAGUGAAGAAACACAGCAAGCGUCUGCUGAACUAGCAGAGGAAGAGGCGAAACCCGAAGGUGCACCAGAGGCGGAUGGUACAGACGCCGUUGUUGCAGAGGAACAGCUUCCUGAACAAGCUGUUGUAGAAGAUGUUGUUGUAGAUGUUGUUGAAGAGGUAAGGCAAGACGCUGCGGGACCAACAGUGGAGGCAAGUGCAGAAGAGGCUGUAGUUGUAGAGGAAGUACAAAUGUCUGCAGAGUCAGCGGUAGAGACCGGUACAACAACCGGUGCGGAGGAACAGCAAUUAGCUGUUGAGACUGUCGUUGUUCAAGAGACACAGCAGUUGCCUGCUGAAUCAGAGGCUGCUGUUACAGAGGAAGUCCAAAACUCUGCUGAGCCCGACGCUGAAACUAGUUCAGAGGUGGUUGUCGAAGACGCACCAGAACAGACAGAGGAUAUCGCAACCCCCGAGCCCACUCCUGAAACACAAGACAUUGUCACUUCCCCUGACUCUGUUCCCGCAACAUCACAACCCGCAGAACCCUCUGAACCUAGCCCAGAUAACCAGGAGCAGAAGGUAGAGGAGGCGCCUCCAGCAGAGGCCCCGCCAGCGGAGGAGAAAACAGCGGAGGCGGCCCCAGCAGAGGCAGCACCUGCCGAGACGGCACCAGCAGAGGCGGCACCUGCUGAGACGGCACCAGCAGAGGCGGCACCUGCUGAGACGGCACCAGCAGAGGCGGCACCUGCUGAGACGGCACCUGCUGAGACGGCACCAGCCGAAGCAGCACCUGCCGAGACGGCACCAGCAGAGGUGGCACCUGCCGAGACGGCACCAGUAGAGGCGGCACCAGCUGAAGCAGCACCUGCCGAGGCGGCACCGGCAGAGGCGGCACCAGCAGAAGAAAAACAAGCAGAGGCGGCACCAGAAGAAACAACACCUGCUGAAACACCAGCAGAAGAGAAACCCGCUGAGGACGCACCAGCUGAGGCAGCGCCAGCAGAGCAAGCGCAAGCGGUGGAAGCUGCCCCAGUUGAAGCGGCGCCUGCAGAGGCAGCUCCAGCUGAGGAGACAGCAGCGCCAGUAGAAGAGAAAGCAGCAGAUGCUCCAGAACCUGUAGCUCCUACAGAGGAAUCACCUGCCCAGGAAGAAGCACCUGUAGAGGCUCCGGCAGAGGCUCCGGUGGAACAAAAAGAAGAUGCCCCAUCCGAGGCCGCUGCAGCAGACCCUCCAGCAGACGCACAAGAACCUGCGGCAGAACAGGCUCCGGAAACACCUGCGGAAACGACAGCUGAGGAAAAGGUUCCGGAAGAGCCAGCUGAAGCAGCUCCAGCAGAGGCAGCUGCAGAGGCACCAGUAGAAACACCCGCCGAUCUGCCCGCAGAGACACCAAAAGAGGAAGCCGUAGAAAAACCAGCAGAGGAGACGCCAGCAGAGGAGAAACCUGCAGAGGAGACGCCAGCAGAGGAGAAACCUGCAGAGGAGACGCCAGCAGAGGAGACAUCUGCAGAGAAGCCAGCAGAGGAGACAGCAGCAGAGAAGCCAGCAGAGGAGACGCCUGCAGAGAAGCCAGCUGAAGCAACGUCAGAAUCACCGGCAGAAGCUGCACAACAGGAGGCUGAACCAGAGCCAGCAGAGUCUAGUGCUGUACAAAAGGCAGAAUGAGACUGAAAGGCGAUGAGAAGAGUUGAAGAUAGUAAAAGGAGACAGAAGAGACGGGAACCAAGAAGGAAAGCUGCUAUUUUUAGGGACAAAAUGGCAACUAAAUAUGAAAAGUGCUCCUACGUAUAACUAGGAGGGGGAAUGGGGAGGAAGUGAAAGAAACCUAGGAUAAAACUUGGUCAAUAUUUGGUCAAUACUGGAAUACGUGAAAGCUGCUCUUUUGUACUUUUGUACGCCAGGAUACAUUGAACAUUGCCUUCAACAUACCGAGGGUAUUUUCGAUGUGAGAUUUCUUUCUGAAACAUGAAACUUUCAUACGUUUUGGAAAUUGAUUCAUUGUAAACUACAAGGAAAUCAAAUAGUGUGCACGCAAGCUAUAUUUUAGUGCUAAUGAAUUAAGAAUAUCUCUUCCUUCUUCAUAUGAAAUGGUCAACGAAAGAAAAUCUCUAGCACAUGUCUGGUAGUGUAGCAAAGAAAAAUGUUGGAAUCAACGUAUUCAAGAAAAAAUAACAUUGCCAGCUAAUAAUUUUCUUCAGUAAUGUACUUUGUCACAUCCAGUGUGUAAUUUUGUCUUAAUAGAUAAUAGAUUAAAAGGAAAGGCAGUUGUAAAACACGAAACAAUAGAGAGGGCGGGACAUAUAGAUACACUGUAUGGCUUAAACAGUCAUUUGAAGGUGCUUCCUUUAUCGGCGUUAUAGACGCUACCUGUACAUAAGAAUCUUGCAGGUGGAUAUUUCUCUGGUACAAGUAAAUGUAACAUUCUCUAUCCAGCCUGAGGAUCUAGGAAGAAUUUGAACUAUCAUGUCAAACAGUGAAAUGUACUGUCUAUUUCCUCUCGCCAAAACCUCAAGCCAAGGUAUCUUUGUAAAUUGAAAUUGUAGGCAUUUUCCACACAACAUGUAGCGACUGUGCCCUAGGUUUGAUGAGCCUUGAUAAAACGCAUUUCCACGUGACGUUGAUAGGAGCCAAAGGUUCAGAAAUGGAUGAAGAAUGAUCUUUGAUCAGUUGUAACUCGUGUGAUAGGGUGAUGAAUAUAUCGGUUACUGCCAGGGAUAUGCAUUGGAUACUUUAUGGGAGUUACCUGUAUAUCUUGUCUUUUUGUAACUAAAUAUCUAACCUGAAUAGGGUAAUGAAUUAGUGGGUAUCAUUGUUUAUGAAAUUCCGUGUGUCUUAUCAAUGUAAGUUCCGAAAGGGGGUCUGCCGGAAAACAUGGUGAUGUUUACUUUGGAAAGGUCUGACUUACUUCACUCAUCGAUAUUUUGGGGGCUCCAAGCUCGUUCAGUGCACAUGCUGUCUAUACUUUGGGCAAACCAAAUACAAAUGUAACAAAGCUAAGGGGUUUCUUGACUUGAUGUUCGAGUUCUCAUCACCGAUGCACCUUCAACACCCCUUUCCUACUAGACUUACAGUGAAUGGUGCAUUCUUGAACGAUGUCGUUUGUAUGCAUAUAAUGAUGACCAGCACUAGAUAGCACAUGAAACUGAAUUGAAUUUAAUUGAAAGCGUGUAUGCACUCUUACAUUAAACAGAUAAUUUUUCCAAGUAUUAGAAUGACACAAAACCAUCUCAAAAAGUAUUUUACCACAGAAGAAACCAGAGUUUUUCCAGUAAGUGACAUUACCGAACUGUAAAGUAGUAGGUUGAUGCUGUGUAUGUAUUUUUGACAAUAAUUCCAAAGCUGGCAACAACGGUGUCGAUAUUCCCUGAGGAAAAAUGGAUGGUCAAUGGUGCUCUUUUAGGGUAAAACAGACUACAGAGAUAGGUGUAGAUCUUCUAUGAAACAAGCAAAUGUCACCUUUGUGUGGCGUCUGUAAAGCAUCACACACCCACUGGUCAAAGUCAAGGAUUAUUCUGGAAUAUGAUCUAUAUUUCGCAAUUCAAGAUACAUGCAUAAUGUUAUGGAAUAUAUGGGUAGAGGCAUUAAAUGUUUUGACUUACA